GGAUUCAUAACAUUCAUUUAUGUGAGAAGUACAAAUGUCGGCUUAAAAAACUGUUGUAGAACUAUUUGGCUUUUUCAAUGGGUUUGUUGGCUUUGCUGCGAAAGUUGCGCGCUUCUUCCGAACAAGAACUACGAAUAUUGCUGCUAGGACUUGAUAAUGCUGGUAAAACAACCCUUUUGAAGCAUCUGGCCAACGAGGACGUAACCCACAUUACGCCUACUCAAGGAUUUAACAUAAAAUCCGUCCAAUCAUCGGGGUUUAAGCUCAACGUUUGGGAUAUUGGUGGACAAAGAAAAAUUAGGCCAUAUUGGCGAAAUUACUUUGAAAAUACUGACGUGCUGAUCUAUGUGAUAGACAGUUCCGAUAGAAAGCGCUUCGAUGAAACUGCCGAGGAAUUGUCUGAACUUCUUAAUGAAGAAAAACUAGAAGGAGUCCCCUUGUUAGUGUUCGCUAACAAACAAGAUUUAUUGGGUGCCGCGACGCCUUCAGAAUUAGCUUUGGGCUUGGCUCUCCAGACAAUUAAGGACAGAGGAUGGCAGAUCCAGGCCUGCUGCGCUUGUUCUGGUGAAGGCGUUCAGGAUGGAAUGAACUGGAUAUGCCAAACGAUUAAGAAAAAAUGAUUGCAUUGUCUUUUCGUUAGAGAUUGAUGAAUUUUCCAAUCAGUUAUGUUAAUGAAUGUUAUUAUUUGCCCUUCAAUGUUCACCUUCCAACGAUAAUCGAAAUUUGAACCCCGCCCGUCUCAAUGUUUACUUUCGUAAAAAUUGUUCUGCCACUGUCUGUCCGCAGUCCGCUUUAUGAGCGAAUCUUUUUAAAAAUAAACUUUGA